GCAUAUAUUAAUGAUAUAAAUACAUAAUUUUUAUUAUAAUUAUAUUUAUAUAUAUGCAAAAUGGCGUUAUCAUUAUUACAGGACGCUCAAACAAGAGGAUUAGCUGCUGCUUUAGCCGGUAUUAAACGUGAAGAAGUUGAUCAUAGUCUUACAAUGUCACCACCACCAUCAAUAAUAACAGCACCACAUCAUUUACAACAAACUGCUGUAUAUCCAGGUUUACAUUCAGCUGCUGCUGCUUCUGCAUUAGGUAUGCUAUCACCAUCACAAUUAUUAGCUGCAAAUCGUACAGCAGCAGCAUUUAUGGCAGCUCAAUUACCAAUGUCAACAUUAGCAUCAACUUUAUUUCCACAUCAUCCAGCAUUAUUUGGUUCGUGGACAAAAUCACCAACACAAUUACCACCAAUAAAUGGACCACAUUCUCCACCAGCAUCACCAAUAUCACCAACAAUAUUAAAUACGAAUUCUAUUACCACAAAAAAAUCUCAUAUAUUAAGUAAUAAUAAUAAUAAUAUUAGCAAUAGUACAAAUCACAAUAAUAUUAACAGUACUACUAAAAAAACACGGAAAAUUAGUGUUAAAAAAGAUUUAUUAUCACCACCAAUUGAUAUACCAAUGAAACAAGAUAUUUAUACACCCUCUGGACCAAUUUCACCACCAUCAAGUGGUUCAUCACCGAAUUCACAACAAGAUAUUCCCGUACAUAGCAAUAGCAAAGAUCCAUCAAGAGAUAAAAGUUUUACCUGUAAAAUAUGUAAUCGCUCAUUUGGUUACAAACAUGUUCUACAAAAUCAUGAACGUACCCAUACUGGUGAAAAACCAUUUGAAUGUCCAGAAUGCCAUAAAAGAUUUACACGUGAUCAUCAUUUGAAAACACAUAUGAGAUUACAUACUGGUGAAAAACCAUAUCAUUGUAGCCACUGUGAUCGUCAAUUUGUUCAAGUAGCAAAUUUGAGACGUCAUUUACGUGUUCAUACUGGUGAAAGACCAUAUACAUGUGAAAUGUGUGAUGCACGUUUUAGUGAUUCAAAUCAAUUAAAAUCACAUUCUUUAAUACAUAAUGGUGAAAAACCAUUUGAAUGUGAACGCUGUCAUAUGAAAUUCCGACGAAGACAUCAUUUAAUGCAUCAUAAAUGUGGUAUACAAACGCCACCAACACCAGCAAUAAGUCCAGCUAUGUCUGAUUAUGAAAUGUCAGCUCAAAAAUCAACAAUUAGUUCAUAUAGUGCAUCAGAUGAUUCUUUAAGUAAUACAUCAUCAUCAUCUAUAACAACUGGAAAUUAUGAAUUACCAUUAGAUUUAUCAGAAGAUGGUAUUAAUAAUCUUCAUAAUAACAAUAAUAAUAACAAUAACAACAAUGGUAAUAGUAUUCUUGAUGCUUCUGAAAAAAGGAGUCGUAAAUCAUCUGAUAUAAGACGUGUUUUAAGAUUACCAACACCACAUAUACCAAUACAAUUACCUGCUAUAGUUAAUUUACCUGAACAAACUGAACCUGAAGAUUUAAGUAUAAGAUCGCCGAAAUCAUGGCAUUCACCAAUUUCACCAUUAUCGCAUCAUGAUGAUUUAGAUUUAGAAGAUUUAGAUGAUGCUGCAACAUUAAAUUUAAAACAAAGACAAAGAAUGAUGCAAGCGGCAGCAGCAGCAGCGGCUGCAGCCGCCGCGGCAUCAAUAACACCCAAAAAAUAUUCUUCUAGAAUUGAACAUCAAUAA